UUUAUUGAUUUGUGGUUUAAAGUAUAAGCUUCUUAGACUUGAUUAGAGUUAGCCAAUGUAUAAACUGUAUGGAUAAAUAUAAAAACAUAUUUGCAUUUAUUUCUGAACACUACUGAGAAGUCUGUUCUGUGAGUCUCCUUGUCAAUUUACGUCACCAAUUUGACAUACUCUGUGUCUGAAUUUAUUUCUAAUCCUUGGAGUUCUUUGUAUACAGUAUAUAUAUAUACAUAUAAAACAUUUAUUUGUUUGUUCUGAACCAGGGAGUUCUCUGGCUCACCAACAAAAGACACCAACUGCCUAUUGUAAAUAAAGACACUCGGUUAUCUGUUUGUCCUUCGGCUGUGGAAAUUUUUGCUCUGUCCGAAGCUGCCAAUAUUCUUCUCUGAGUUCUUUGGAAGAGCGGAGAUUUUCCUACUGCUGCGGCAAUGAUGGCAUUAUCUUGCAACCAGGGUGGAUUCCUAGCUUGGAUGUUGCUGCUGCUGUCCUUGACUCACGUUCAAACUCAGUGUCCAACCCCAGAUCUACCUCCCCAUUCUUCACUAAGAGAAGGAGAAGUCCUAGCAGAUAACUAUCCAGCUGGAACUAAUCUGGAGUUACAGUGCCUCCCAGGUUAUGAAUUUAUAAUUAAAAGAAAUUAUUGGAUAACAUGUCUUGACAGUGGGAAGUGGUCAAUUCUUCCUAUGUCCCUUUGUGAAGGCCCCCCUGUCUUCCCUACAACUCUGACCUUUGGACCUCCCUGUGGUCUACCAUCCCGGUUGCCCAGCACUCUACUAUCUGCAGCUGAGUUUCAUCAUCAUUUUCCACCCACUGCUGAAAACCGGAACCUUUAUGUGGAAGCUGCUGACCAUGCAAAGUCUUCUUUCCAAAGACAGAGAUGUCCCAUUCCAAAAAUAGAAAAUGGCCAUGCAAAGUUUGCAAUUGACAUCAAACUUGGUAUGAAAGUAACCCUUGCUUGCAAUCAUGGGUUUAGGAUGAUAGGCAAUUCUACCAUUUCGUGUGUUAUGAAAUCAGGCAAACUUGAUUGGGAUAAAGAUCUUCCAGUUUGCGAACGUAUUCCUUGUGUUCGUCCUCCUCUAAUAGCCAAUGGAAGAUAUGACCCCAAUCUUUCAGAUGUAUAUGAUACUGGCGCGGUAGUAAUAUAUCGGUGUGAUACUGAUUACUCCCUUAUUGGACAAUCUACUAUUACAUGUGUAGUACCAGAAAAUAGUGUAGUUGGAGAGUGGAAUUGGCCUUCACCUGAAUGCAAAAAGGUCAAGUGUCAUAGACCACGCAUUCCAAAUGGAAGAGUGAUAAGUGUGUUUCAAGAUGUGUAUACAUAUCAGAAUAAAAUAGUGAUUGAAUGUAAUCCUGGCUACGUUUUGGUAGGAUCUUCUAUAAUUAAAUGUGAUGCUGAUAGUCAGUGGAAACCGCCUGGUCCAUGGUGUGAUAAGCGUAAGUAAUUUUUCUUAAAACUUUGUUGAACAUCAGAGUUGAACAUUUGAAAGUUGCACAUCCUGGGUGUUAAGAAAGCUAUAUAAACAUUUUUCUCUCUCUCUUUUGCUGGUGUAGUCACAGACCCAACAUCUACUCCUCCCCCUAACCCUCCAGAAGAAGAUAAGAGUGAAGUUGAAUCCUCAUGUAAUUUUACUGUUAAUUUGUAUUAGUGUAGAAAUGCAAUAAACUGGCUAGAAAAAUUACAGUCAUAUUACAAAGAAAAUACACCUUCUUUGAGUUCUAUGGUUUUACA